AUGGCGGUGCCGCGCGAAGGGUGGAAGGCGACGGACUUUGUAGUGGACGACAUGGUGUACUCCAGCAUUGACGUGCUCAUAAUGGACGCCCUACGACACCUACAAUGCUUGGAGAAGAAUAGCACGCUCAGGCUAUACACCGCGUUCAUCUACCACUACAACAAGUGGGCGGCGAAGAUGCUGAAGCAGAUACGCGACAAGCUCCCCCUUGAGCAACAACUUCGGCACGUCGACGAGAUCGGCCACUACAUCCGCGACAACAAGAAAAAGGAUUGGUGCAACGAGAAAGUGGUCCCCCGACAGUACAUCUGGCUGCACGGCCCUAAGGUCACCGAAGCCCGGCUGCGCGCCUACGUGAAGCAAAUGAGCCGUGAGUGUAACCUCAUUGCUGACCAGCCCGGGGAGGAGAACAAUGCCACGCGAACGGGGCCUGUGAGGUCGACAACUGUGCACACGAUCCUCGGCCGCAUAAAGGCAUGCCAGAUGGCGGCGAGGGUGGAGGCGACGCUGUACCGAGAGAAGGAGCUGGGCAUCAUGAUGGAGAUCUCGGUGGUGAGAUCGGAGGUGCGGUUCAACGUCCGCCACAAGAACGAGAGGGACAUCAAGAACUGCGCCGACCGUCGACGCGGCACCAUCGGCGAUACCUACACCGCCGAGCAGUUCCGCCAGAUCAUGAUGAGGGUGCUGCCGGCAUGGGCGGCGGCGGCGUGGAACCCGCGGGCUACCACUCCGUCGCAGACGCUGUGGCGAUUCCUGCUCAUCAAGGUGCUCACGCUACUCUCCCACCACACUCUCCUGCGCGGCGCCAGCAUCCGCGAGAUCACGCUCCCCGACGUCUUCUUGUACCACCUGGCGAGCACCUCGGAGGUGAACCCGGAUAGCCAGCCGGUCGUCAUGGUGAUCGCCGCGCGUAACUCGAAGACUUCCAAGGAUGCCCGUCUUCAGCAGAGCUACGCUGCGCGACACCUGGAAGCGGAGCUGUGCGCCGUCGGCGAGACCGGCCUGUGGCUGCACUUCAUCCUCGACCAGAUCGGUCAGUUCUCCGGCACCGACUUCCUUUCGCCGCUUGACACCACAGAACGCGAACGCUGGAACGUGCACGCCGCCCGCGCCGGUGGUGCGCAGGAGCUAGCCAUCGGAGGGACGCCGCGCGCCCAGAUCGCCGAGCUGGGACACUGGGCUCUCGACAAGAUGACGCGUGCGUACAUCACGGCCAUUCCCGUUGGGGUGGUGAUGCAGAAGGCCGGCUACUCGGGACUCAAGCAAGACUACUUCUUGGGGCGCAGCAGGGUCGAGCCCUGCGACCAACUCCUGGACCUGCUCGCCAAGCACAUCUUCCCCGGCGUGGAUGCUAUUCUGCGCGAUGCGGAGACGCGUGCCGUCAACGAGAGCGACGCCAAUGCAGCCGCAGUGCACUUCUUGCGCACCCUCGUGAUGUUCCAACGAAUCGUCGCCGAGGACCUCGCGGUGAAGCUCGUCCGCACACCGUGGCACCCGUACGUCCAAGGUUCCAAGCUCUGCAGGAUUGCCCUCUUCCAGCACUGGGCGAAAAGGGUCGAGUCGGUCGACACCGAUACGAUCAAAAAGCGCCGGGACCCAACUCAGAUACAACCGGAGGAAAUAUCCGUGCGCAUGGACACCCAGUAUCACAACAUGUCCCUCAAGGAGGCGCUGAAGAAGGAGGUCGAGCGCUCGGCGCUCGAGAAGCUAGGCUAUCAGGAGACGAUCGAGAAGCAAAACGAGACCAUCGCGUCGCUCACCGCCGAGCUUGCUCGACUCACCGAGGCACUCCGUGUGUCAGAAGCCCGGAGGAUGCCGGCGGCGCCGCCGUCGGCGACCGAUCAAACUCCGGGCGAGGGUGGCUCCGCGGAUUCGGCCAACACGGGGACCGGAGCCAAGAGAGAUGAUGGGAAACCCCCGCCACCCCCCCAGACGGCAGAGGAGGCCAGUUACGAGCUUAACGUGGUGCAACCGUGGCGGGAUUCAAAGACCGUGCGGGACGCUUGGCGCCUCUGGAACUCCGCCACCGCCAAUGACACCCGUCGUCUUUGCGACAGGGUCGCCGAGCCGGGGUUCAUCGACCGCCACACCCUCCUCAAAGGCGCGACCCAGGGUGCACUCAACAUGAGGGUGCGCCGCAUGCUGAAGGCCAUGGAUGCGGUGCGCCAGCUACGCGCGAGCGACGGCGAUGCCGACACCGAAGCCGUGGUCGAUGCACUGAACACGAUCGCGGCACCGGGCAUUGGGACCUUCUGCGAUGCCCUCACGGUGCUCAACCCGGAGACGGCACCGACGAUGUCCAAGGAGCCUGGCAUGGGCGUCAAGGGGCUUGGCCCCAAGGUGGUCUCGAAGCUACGCCUCGCCUGUGCGCUGGUGGCGCUGGAGCUGAAGCCGACGACGUGGGUCGACCGCCUGUUUCCAGACACCUAG